GUAAAGAACAACGCAGACCUCUUAGCUGAGGCUUUUUGCCACAAUCAGCGGUUGCAGCAUACCGCGCGUUUUCUCUCGACAUGCGUAAAACUAUCUCGCAAAUGUAUCAUCUUGGGUGCCAAUUUUGGUAAGGUAGAAAAGAAUGAAAUUAGCCUUAGUCACCAUCACAUUUAUUGUCGUCGUGAUUAUAAUCACUGAAGUGGAGCUCGCUAAAGCCAGAAGUAAUGCAAACAGCCAGGUCCAAACAGGGAACAGACGACAGCCGAACCAGUCCCGAAAUCGGAGGGGACCCAGAUACCCCGUCGGAAAGCCUGGGUCUCGACCAACGGGUAACCGGCGCAAACCCAACAGGCGACCUAAUUCGCGUCGCCCGAAGAAACCGGGGAACGUGGGGAAUGGUUCCCGCCACACUGCAAACAAGCCAACUGGCCACGGUAAACCGGAGCGCGGGACCUCCAACAACGACAAGCCUGAAUCGAAUACGGGGGCUACAAGUGAACACUCCACACCGUCACCGACCGGAACUUCGAAUGGAAUGGGCGGUGGAAUGACGGACUAUACGGGAAUGGGCUAUGGUGGUGGAAUGAUGGGCCCUAUGGGAAUGGGCAUGGGAGGUAUGGGAAUGGGAAUGGGAGCCAUGGGAGGUAUGAUGGGUACAAUGAUGGUGGGCCAGUUGGCAAAUACGGUCGGUGGCACGGUGGUCAACAUUACGAAGGCAGCUACUGGAUUGGACGAUGGGGGUGGUGCUGCUGGGGAUGCGGGUGGAGCGGGGGGUGGAGAUGAAGGUGGCGGUGAAGAGGGUGCCAUGUAAGGGAUGCAUGCCAUGCGCUGAGACGCAGCUACGGCGACAUGAGCGAUGAAACUUCAUGCGACUUUUCUUUAUGAGCGAUGCAGUUUGCUACAUUUUCGGUUGGCGAUAGAAAGGAGCAUGACCUGGAUCAAGAUGUUCCAGCUGUUUGUCCUGCCUCCUAUUUCCACAAUAAAAA